AUGCUCUUGGAACCUCCUGCAGGGUCACCAAGCGUGGGGAAGGCUCUCACGUCGGUUGAUCAACUGGAAGACGUUCUACUCAGCGCCUGCGACGCCUGCAUGCUGAGAACGAGACCAGGUCCCGCAGGCAGACGUCCAGUGUACUGGUGGAACGAGGCUAUCGCCGAUAUAUCCUGCAUCCCAUCCAUCGGACGUUGGCUGGGAAGAAUGGUCCCGCUAGUGCCCCUGACGUUCCACAUGUCACAGGCAGUAACGGGACACGGCUGUUUCCAGUCAUAUCUCUACAGGAGAGCUAGGGUCGCCAGUCCGAUGUGUCUACAGUGCAGGGGCGGCGAGGACACGGUGGAGCAUGCUCUGUUUGAGUGCUACUACUGGAACGCCCUCCGUGAAAUAUAA